GUAUUCUUUUCAUAAGUGCUUCAAUUGGAGCUUCCUCUACUAACCCAGGAAGUUCACUCAUACCCGAGCAGAGAGCAUGUCAGCCGUCUCCUUAUCGACCUUGAUGUGAUCCGUCUUGAUGGCGGAUUCAUCGGGGACGAAGUCCAUGCGUCGCUCGCACCCCUCGUCCUUUAACUUGAGCGAGAUGUCCCGAACCCGACCCUUCUGGUUGCGCUUCAUGAGAUGGGUCGAGAAUCCGGCAAACGGGUUGCGAAGUCGCUUGGAAGGGUUUAUGGCAACCUCAUCGAGUAUAUAUGUUCUUGUUGGUGUGGAAAUCAAGAGUCAUUCUCGAGUAGUAGCAGCUCGAUUACUUGCCGAGAUGCCUUCUUCACCGUCUUGAAAUGAUAAUGGGCCAACUGUCUUGAUUAUCAAGGAUAAUGAAGGUUGUAUAUAUGGGGGUUAUGCUUCCCAGCCUUGGGAAAGGCAUAGUGAUUUCUCUGGAGAUAUGAGGUCCUUUCUCUUUCAGCUCCAUCCAAAGGCAUCUAUAUUCAGACCAACUGGGACCAACAACAAUUUACAAUGGGUAUGUUUCUGCUUGGUUUCCUACUUUGCUGAAACAAAUGUGCUUUUGAAUUGUUUAUUUGUUUGAUAUCAAUGAAUUUUAUAUGAUGGUUCUCACACUUUUCUUUCUUUUUUCAGCUUGCUGUGAUUAGUUAAGCCCUGUAGGAGAGCUUUAUAUAUGAUAUGGCUCACUUGGUGCAGCAAGUGUAGGAUAUUUGUAUUAAACCUUUCCUUUUCCCCGAUUGGAAUUUUUCUGCAAUUGUUAAGCUCUGUUAUAAUUAGAAGGGCUACUGUAAAAUGGAUCAUUGCUUAUUUGAUAGGCCUUAUUAACUGUUCAAACUGUGAGUUAAUUCAAGGGUUUCUCUGUCUAAACUUGGAUGAAGGUGGGUUUGACACUAGAAUAAAAGAAACUUUAAUUCUAUUGCACCUUAAUUGACCAUUCAUACUCAUUUUUUUUCCCUGAAAAAGUUGAUUUUUUUCCUCGUUUCUUUUAUCUCUAGUGUCUACUUUAGUAGUUGGAAAGUGGCACCCAGUUCCCAUGAUCGGUGGUAUUCCAUUUCCUUCUGGUGCACAGUAGAAUUUCCAUCCUUCGUUUUAUGUUUACUCAUGCAUUUAGUCCUAUUGUCUUUAUUUUUGGCCUUCGGUAUUAUUGUUAUUCAACUGCCUAUUGUUGUUUUGUUUAACUGACUUAUGUAGCUUACAAUUUCCAAUUGGCAGUGUGCUGUGAGUUUCAGUUCAGAGACCAUUCCAAAUGGCAUUGGGUUUGGAGGGUGAGUUAAUCACUUUGGCCAUGUUCCUCUCAGCAGGCUUUGAUCAGGGACACACUUUCUCUUGCACAACAUUCAACAGCCCUUGCCUUUCAAAGAACAGUAAAAUCUGCCCAGAAGUGAUAGAAUGCUGGGGAGUCGUAAGGAAAUAAAACAAGGAGAAAGACAAGAUGCUCUCAAAGGUGCUGUGUUAGAAAGGUUUAAGGAGGACCGGAAUAUGCUCAAUAUGGUAGGGAUUGCAAAUGCUAGUGAGUAAAUGUGUUCAUCUUUGGCCUGCACCUUCGGAUGGGGCUUCAACAUUCAGAUCAGUGCUUAAGGUUAGGAGUCCUGUUCAAUAUCUGUCUAGUUUAUGGAAAAUUGUUUUUCUCUUGAGUCCCUGAUUCUUCAAUCAAACAGAACUUUAUUUAUUUAUUUUUUUUAUCAAUGUAGUACCUAAGAACGCAAGUGUAUCAUGUAUACACCAAAUCCUCUAACUACAAAAUUUUACUGGUGGUUUGAAAUAGGAAAUUACAGCAGUGUUUAUCA